GCAGCGUGACGUCACGGGGCCUACAUUCCCCGGCAGGCCCGGCUGCCCGCUGGAAGUGACAUCAGGCCGCAUCCGGGGGAGGGCCGGGACGGGCGGCGUGCGGGCAGCGCUCGGCUGUGGCCAUCGCGGCGCGGCCAUGGCGGACUCCACGCAGAACGGGCCCAUGCAAGGCGGAGCCGGCGGCGGGGCCGUGCAAUUUCUGAUGGCUAACAAGUUGGAUACAGCAAUGUGGAUUUCCCGUUUGUUCACGGUUUACUGCUCUGCUUUAUUUGUCCUGCCUCUUCUAGGGUUGCAUGAAGCAGCAAGCUUCUAUCAGCGUGCCUUGCUGGCAAAUGCUCUUACUAGUGCUCUCCGACUACACCAAAGGCUCCCGCACUUUCAGCUUAGCAGGGCAUUCCUGGCCCAGGCUUUGCUGGAGGACAGCUGCCACUACCUGUUGUACUCUCUUAUCUUUGUGAAUUCCUACCCUGUUACAAUGAGUAUUUUCCCAGUUCUGCUAUUCUCUUUGCUUCAUGCUGCCACAUACACAAAGAAGGUUCUUGAUGCACGAGGUUCAAAUAGUCUGCCCUUUCUGAGAAACCUCCUAGAGAAACUGAAUGCUAAUCAGCAGAAUAUUCUAAAAUUCAUUGCUUGCAAUGAAAUUUUUCUUAUGCCAGCUACAGUUUUCAUGCUCUUCAGUGGUCAGGGGAGUCUGCUCCAGCCGUUCAUUUACUAUAGGUUUCUAACAUUACGCUACUCCUCUCGGCGAAAUCCAUACUGUCGGACUCUGUUCACCGAGCUGAGAAUUGUUGUUGAACACCUAAUAAUGAAGCCCUCAUGCCCUGUUUUUGUAAGAAGACUAUGUCUCAGCAGCAUUUCCUUUAUAAGCAGAUUGGCACCAACUGCUGCAUAGCCGAAUUUCAGACACUCAUCUAUUGUGAACAUUAUGAGCAGCUGGCACUUCUGCUGAUGAUUAUAAAUUCCUGGUUUUACACUGAUCUUACUCCAGGCUGUAUAAAAAUGUGUAUAUGCUUUUAUUGGAGAUAAUAUAAAAUUUAGCAUAUCAAAAGCAAGUCAUGGAAACUUAAAAUUACUGUGCUGUAUUGCUAAUUGGUGUGUGGGGGGAAAGUAGCAGCAUUAUAUCUAAAACAAGCCCAGUCUUACAAAAUUGUUUUCUAGAAAUCAUGAGUUGUUGGACGUUAAAAAUUUUUAAGUCUGUGCUUUGUAGGUUUAUGUUAACUGGAAGCAUUGCUACAGUAGGAGGUCUCCAGUAGGUAGCACUGGUGCACAUACCUAUGCAGUACACUUCGGACAGUAUUCUUCUGCUUACUAAAUGUAUCUGUAGAAUUAAUUUGUCUAAAUUACUAUAUUCAGUGUAAAAAUAUGGCCCACUUUGAAUUUAACAAAACAAAUUAAAGACCAUCACGCUGGCAUAGUUAACACUCUGUCUGAAGGAGAGCCUAUUUCUGUUAAUGCUACUUAAAAAUAACCCUUCCAAGCUUUUACCUUGUGAUAGUUUUGCAUUAGGUUGUUGGAAGAAAACUCAAGACUCUGACCAUGGAAAACUCAGCUAUCUUGUCAUAACAUGAUGUUUUACCAAGCCAAAUUGCUGACCUGGAGGCUUUUCAGACAAAGAUGUAAUGCUUAAACUUUUAACCAUCUCUUAAGUGAACUAAUCAAUGUAAAUGUAGUAACUUUUGGAGAAUCAUUGCGGAUGUGUUCUUGUGUCUACACAAAUGUGAGACUGUGGUAAUUCAAGCAUGUCUACUCUUUAGAAAAUUAAUCUGUAGCUAGCUCUUUAUAAAUUGUUCUUCCAGUUUCUGAGACUCAUCAUGAUGGGAAAUUUGCAUAAAGGAUUGCACCUAUUCAGGCAGCUAUUGAAACAAAUGGCUGUAGGAUUUCUUGGCCUAAAUCCAUUUUAUGAUGCUGCCUUCAGAUCAGUCAUAAGUACAGAAGUGAAUAUUAAAUUGAGUGCUGAUUAUGCAUUCACCCAACAGCUGGAAGGUAGGUCAUGGAAAAAGAAUAUUAUCUGUCCAAAUACAAUGCCUUUCCAUAAAUCCAAGGCAAAGUAUUUGCCUAAUCUUCUGUAGCUUGUGUUAAUAUUCUAAUUACAAAAGGCCAAUGAAUCACAUUUAAUUUCAUGUAGAAAUAGUAAAGUACUGUGCUUCACUAUUCUCCCUUGGUCAGAGGAGUCUUACAUGAAACACUUCUGCAAACAGUCUUGAAGCAAAGUAUUUUUCUGUAACUAUUGAAUUAUCUUUUGUGAUGUGGAUAUCAUUCAGCCUUUUCAGUUGUAUUAGUGUGCUAGUUCAGAGAUGUGUAUUUAUACACUUAUUUCAGUUUUUGCUCAACCUCUUGGUACUGAUAAAGACCUGUUUUUUGGUAAUUGAAUAUGAUACUCUUUGACUUUUCAUCUUGCUCUCUGAACAUGAUUAGCUAUUUAUAGAACACUUGCAUACUGCAGAAGCAAUUGCAUGCAGUACUGCUCUACAGCUGCUAAGACUUGCAACAAGUUUCACUAUAUGUAUAUCCUGUAACUUGAGGAUUUUAUAAAAACUAAAAUUUCUACUACAAAUAAAGGAGUGUUAAAUGUAAUUUGCUAUGCUCUUCAAGCUUAUUUUCUGUUUAUCAGAACAUGUUGAUACUUGAACCUGGAAGUUGAGCAGAAUGCAGUCUUGUGCGUAUGUGUGCAUGUUCUUAUUCCUGCUGGGGCUCCUCACAUAAGACAUAGCAUCUUGUGCACCUCUAAAUCAUUUUAUCGGAAAUUUUUGCCUUCUAAAAUGCAAAAAUUUAUGACACUUUAUUUCAAAACAACCUAUGAAUAAGCAUUGUAGUAAUGGUAUCAGACCUAUUUCUGACUGUUUCAGCUCUUCAGCACUGUUCUAGAGCCUCUUUCAUGUUACACAGUAUGUUUGAGUGGUGACAUUAGGUUCUGUUCAGCCCUCUGAUUUUUAAAUUGGCUGUCUAAGGUGGUCCUCCAUAUUGAGAAUGGAAGGCAAAUAAAUGCCUUGUUAAUUAGUCUAAGGAGAGUGACGUGUUUCAUCUGCACCAGUUCUUGUGGUCUAAGACUGCUGUUACAAGUGUGGUCAACUGUUCCUUUAACUGGAUGCUAUUAUUAUUAAAUUAGUGUAAAUUGGAUAUGAUGUAUUGCAUCUGUAACUGAAGGAUGUUAAGUCAGAUCCAAUUCUGAAUGGGCAAGGAUGUUUAAAAGGAAUAAGUGAGAUUGCAGUAAGUAGAGAGUUGGAAGACACUGUCAUGAAGUAAGAGUUUAAAUGUGGAUAUGGAAUCUUUUGUGCACUUUUUCUUUAAGUGGUACUUAAAAUGGAUUGAGGAGGAAUAUUUUUUUUCAUAAAUGGAAGUUGAUUUGACUAGUAUUAUAUUCUUGGCUUUGCCAAGAGCUGCUUGACAAAAAUGAGGCCUGGAUUUUGCUUGUGGCCUGGUAAAACUUACCUGACUGAUGUGCCACAAAAAUACGGAACAAUGGGAUAAGAACUUAAAAGGAAAAUAAAUCGGAUAAGUUACCUGUACUCUGCACCAACUUUGAUUUUAUUUACUGUAGCCUUAUGCUGCCUAAGAUAAGACCAAGUUUUCUCAAGGCUAGCAAAAACAUUCUGCCCUUGUGCCUGUUUCCUUAUAACUGUAACUGUUUCUGUACUAACAACUAAAUUUGCACACGAAAUGCUGGUUAUGUCCUAACAGCUCGAGCAGCUUGAGAUUAUUUUGUGUUGCUUUGCUGUCAACAGCUAGCUGUGAUGUGAAGGCUGUAACAGAAAUCAGAAAUUUUCCAACUGACUGUAAAAUGUUUGUGGCCCCAAAUACAAGGCAGAAGAAUUUUUUUCAUAGUGAAAGGUUGCCUACCUGAUACAGUAAUUGUUUCCACUAGUAUAAAUCACACUGGUCAUUGUUUUAAUCAUCUUAAUGUUUCAUGAAUUGAAGUGCUGUUGGAUAAGUCUGUGGGCAGACCCACCUCUUGCUGUGCACAAGCCUGCUGUAGAAGUGAUAUUGAAUAUAAUGCUUGUCUGUUCUCACCUGUAGAUAAAUAAAGCAUCGGGACCAAUUGGGGCUGCUGGGAGCAGCUAUUGCCAGUUUAAAUUCUUUACAAAGUAAUCCCCUAGUGCAUCCAUCCUUUCCUUUAUUGUCUUUUAAUUUUAGUCUUUCAUCAUCAUCUUUGUGCUGUCGGUCUUAUGUUUUGUUCCAUUCAUAAUAGAAAUGCUAACUGUUCCAUGAUGGAUGUUCAAAGGGAGCAAUAUUUGUCAAUAUUUUAACUUCCAUGUCAAGGAACUUAUUAUAGUCAUGAACCAGUAUUUGUUCUGACGUUUUUUGAGCUGCUAACUGCAUUGGACCUUUUUAUCAUUAGGCACCUUGCAACAUUUGCUGGACAGAUCCCUUGUUAAGUAAGUGGAGUUCUUGCCCAUUUUACAGACAGGAAUUGAGAUGUGGGAGGAAAGUUUGCUUGCCUGAGGCAAUACAAGAGCUUUGGCAGAGCAGGGGAAAAAAAUAAAGUUGGAUAAGCACUGGGGAGACUGAUUUGUUUCUGUAUCAUAUAUGACUUGGUCCUGUUUCCAAAAGGUACUGUACCUUGCAGGGCUCAGAUUAAGGGUGUUAAAGACUAUUGAACUAGAACAGCUUCUGUUGUCAAAAAUUGCUUCCUAUGUGCAAGAGCUAGGUUUGGCCUCUGGUGUUUUCUUUUUUCUGCUGAGGGAAGAAAUAUGUGACAGAAUGAGAUCACAAGCACUUUUCUGUGCCAGGUGUUAAUGGGGUAUGCUGAUCUGUUGUGGUUGUCUAUAACUUUUAAUUGCUGCAGUGUAAGUAUUUGUGGCUAAAAAUCAUAUAUAUAAAAAUAGAUUGGUAUCUUUGUAAUGUAACUUUUAACAGGGUGUAAGUUUCUUUAAAAAAAGCACAGGAAAAAUCGGGCCUUGAGUUUUAAAUCAUACUUUAAGGAUAGAUCCUUAAGCAAUCCUUUAUUGCAAAGAUACAUUAUCAGUAUGGAUAAUGUAAUUGAAUUUAAUCUUAAAUGUGGAUUCAAAAAUACCUUUUUUAUAAACUGUCAGCAUUACUUAUUAGCUUUUCUGCAAAAGCUAGGUCUGUGAUAAUAGCAGAUAUAGUAAGGGAGUUUCAUUGCUUAGUUUGGUGCCAUCCAAAUGGCACAAACUUCUAAAAUGAAUUGAAAAAUUCAUCUUUUACUUGUAUUCAAGGACUGAGGCACGAAAUGCUAAUGUAAGGCUCAGAGGGGAAAUAUAGUUCUCCUGCAUAUUUGAGAAAAUGUGAAGCCCUUUCAAGAAAAUCUAAUAAACAUAAUAAUAGCAGGCUGCUGACACUAAGGAAAAAGCACCUCAUUCGCUCUUUCUUUUAUGCAGCGAUUUACUGGUCCCUACUGAUUUUCAAAUUGGAUCACUGCAGUAAAUUAUCCAUGCCAGUACCUGUGAAAGAAAGCACUGGGAUCCAUAUUUGUUUAGUGCUGUGCUUAAAUCAGCAAGAAUGAUAAAUUUGAUGGUAUGAAAUUGGAAAUAUCAAGGGCUUUUCUCAGCGAAUGAGCAAGUAACUCCAUUUGUAAUUUAUUGUGACCCUUUUUCACUGUAUAUGCUUUGUAUGUCAAAUAUUUAUUUCAAAACAAAUUAAAUUGUUUUCUGUAUUGA